AUGGACAAACGGAAAAUGAUCACAAAAAGAACACGAAUUGAUACAGCAAUACGUGGGGCGGGAUCUGGUGCUGGACCAAUUACCAAUGGUCCCAUACAAACAAGGCCAUUGGUCGCCUUGUUAGAUGGCAGAGAUUGUUCAAUAGAAAUGCCUAUACUUAAAGAUGUAGCUACUGUUGCAUUUUGUGAUGCCCAAUCUACUUCUGAAAUUCACGAAAAGGUUAGAUUUUUAAUUAUUGUAUUUUAUCACUUUUAUAAAAUAAUUUUUUUUUUUUACAGGUAUUAAAUGAAGCUGUGGGGGCUCUAAUGUGGCACACCAUUGUUCUUACUAAAGAAGAUUUAGAAAAAUUUAAAACGCUCAGGAUUAUUGUACGAAUAGGAAGUGGUGUAGACAAUAUUGAUGUUAAGGUAUGUACUUUUACUUUCCUAUUAUUUAUCUUGUGUAGAUUCCAUUAUUAUUUAAUUAUAAUGAUAUUUUAUUACUAAUUUGUUGUGUUUAGGCUGCCGGUGAAUUAGGUAUAGCUGUUUGUAAUGUGCCGGGUUAUGGAGUGGAAGAAGUUGCAGACACAACACUAUGUUUGAUUUUGAACCUUUAUCGUAGAACCUACUGGUUAGCUCAAAUGGUUAGAGAAGGAAAAAAAUUUACUGGUCCUGAACAAGUACGAGAAGCUGCUCAAGGAUGUGCACGUAUUCGAGGGGACACUUUAGGCAUUGUUGGUUUAGGUAAUUUAUAGCUAUAACAACAGUAAUAUGUUUUAUUAAUAAUAAUUGACAUAGGAAAAAUUAUAUUAAUUUAAGGUUUUUAAUUUAAAACAUUUAUUUUUAUUAUAGGUCGCAUCGGCUCAGCAGUUGCAUUGAGAGCAAAAGCUUUUGGCUUCAAUGUCAUAUUUUAUGAUCCUUAUCUACCAGAUGGAAUUGAAAAAUCUUUAGGCUUGACUCGAGUUUAUACACUUCAAGUAAACUUUGAUUUAUAUUUUAAUAAAUACACUUAGAUAUUAAUAAAUUAAUUAUAAUAUAAAAAUCAAUUUUUUAGGAUUUAUUGUUUCAAUCUGAUUGUGUAUCGUUACAUUGUACUUUGAAUGAACACAAUCAUCACCUUAUAAAUGAGUUUACCAUUAAACAAAUGAGGCCAGGUAAUAAUUUUAUUAGAAUUUAUUUAAAUAAUGUUAUGAGGAAUUCUUAACGAAAAUGUUUUAUUUUAGGAGCUUUCCUUGUAAAUACAGCCCGAGGUGGAUUAGUUGAUGACGAUGCACUUGCAACAGCAUUAAAACAAGGACGAAUCAGAGCAGCUGCCUUGGAUGUGCACGAAAAUGAACCUUUUAAUGUACUUCAAGGUACAUACUACCAAAAUAAACUUAUAUUUUAAAAUAUAUAAUUAUAAUAAUAUAUAUUUAAUUUUUAGGACCAUUAAAAGACUCCCCUAAUUUAUUAUGCACUCCACAUGCUGCAUUUUAUUCAGAUGCUAGCUGUACAGAGUUAAGAGAAAUGGCUGCUAGUGAAAUUCGUAGAGCAAUUGUAGGUAGAAUACCUGAAUGUCUUCGUAACUGUGUCAAUAAAGAGUAUUUUCCCGCCCAUACUACCUAUCCACAUCAAUCAACAGUAGCGAGUGUGGCGUCGGCAGCAGCUGCAGCUGCAGCAGCCGCCGCAGCAGCUAAUCCUGAUGCUAUGAAUGGAGGGUUAGUCUUACAUCGAAAAAGUGAUUAAAAUACAUUUCACUAAUAUUUCUAUAUUUUUAGAUAUUACGCGGGUACUGGAGCAGGAGCAUUACCAGUGCAGCAAGCGCACUCUACUACUGCACAUGAUAAUGUGCCUGGUUCUGGGUCAGCACCACCACCACCCUCACAACAAGCACCACCAAGCUCUCAAUCAGCUCCACCUGCAUCAGUUCUGCCACAUUCAUUAGUGAGUACACUGCCGUCAGUCAGUAGUGGGGCUGAUUCGGUGCCUUGAGCAUCAUCUGCCCCGUCACCUCUCAUUCCUCUGUAAUCAAUGAGUAUGUUUAACUCCCAUUCAUCCGGCCUAUUACAUAAAAAUAUUUCACUGAUUUUUUUUUUUUUUUUUUUAUCUAUUUAGAUUAAAUUUUAAUAUCUAAAAUAAUUGUAUUAAAAAAAGAUAACUAAAGAUUUAUUGUAAAAGUUCAAAUUAGUUUUAACACAACACUCCAUGAACUGUAUUUUACUUUAAAAAAAAAUCAUACAAGGUUCAACUCCAUUUAAAAAUGAAUAUGGAGAUUUUUAUUUAACUAAUUCACACUUAAUAUUUAUAAUUUUAUUCCUACACCAUAUAUUAAAUAUAUACUUGUUGAAACAAUAAUAAAAAAUUAUUAUAUCACUGGAUUGUGUAUUGCUUUGAGUGGGUAAUUUCAUUCUUUGGCUAUCACAAUAUGUCUAGAUUUAUCUGAAAGAUAAUAUAAUCUAGAACAAUUUUCACUUCAUAUCUCCUAAUUCAAUUUCAUGUUAUUGCUUUUACAUCGGUUUAGAAUAAUUAAUAAUUUUGAUGUUGCUAUUUGUAUUUAUUUUGCUUUACUAAUAUUGUGACUGUUUUGCUAUGCAUGUUAAUUAUUAAAGGGUGCCUCGGAAAAACAUUUAUAAUUAGUUUUUGUUAAUUAAUUAAAAAUUUUAUUGAAUAAAUUGUUUUCUAUAUAUAUUUGUAUAAAUCACAUAAUUAACACUAUUUAUUUAUCUGUUCAUAUAUACAUACAUAUGUGUGUGUUCAUAUGAUUAUAUUUAAGUUAUACGUGACACUUACUAUUUAUAUACGAAUUAAUUUAAUCUAAUUAAUAUUUUUAUAAUCGACCAACUUAUUUUGUUUUGUAUAACUAUUACAUAUCAUUUUAUAUUUUUAUGUAAAUAUGCAAUCUAGUAUCUUAAAUUACAUAUAUAUAUCGUAUUAAAAAAUUAUUCUUUCGCAAAAUAUAGCUAGAUAAAUAGUAAAUUAAAUAUCAAUCCGCUUGUUCACAAUAACUGAAAAACAAUGAAUUUAAUUUCUCUUCUUUAUUUUCUUAUUUAAAUUAUUUAUUGAUUUAACAGAUUUACUUUAAAAUAUAUUCUUAUAGUUAGUUGUAAACAAAUGAGUUUGGUCGUUACUUUACAUAUUUUCAGUUAUACAAUUUUUUUAUAAACUGUUGCUUUAUUUAAAUAGAUUUGGCACCCUUUAAUAAUAACAAAAAUAAUUGUGCAUAAAAUAAUAAAACUCACAUUUGUUCUGUUUGUUAAUUUAUAUUAAAUGUAUGAAUGUUACAUACUAAGGACUCCAAAUCUAAAUUAUAAUGAAAAUUGUGUCUAGCUUAAUACCAUGUGUUUGCAUUUAUAAGGAAGGGCGCGGCCUGUACUAUAAGACAGUUUUAUAUUAUGUUGCACAAAAAAAUGUUUGUACUUGAUGGACAAUUUCUCAAGGCGUCCUAGGGGUGGUUUUUUAAUGUAUAAGCUGGGUUUUGAAUUCCGUGUUUAAAAUGUCGCUGCGCCCUUAGCGACAAAAUUUCCAUGACCAUGCUUUACUGUUGACACGCUUCGGGAAUAUUUUUUAAUUUUUUUUUAUUGAUCCAUUUUUUAUUUUUAUUUUUAUUUUUUGUAGUUUGUUAACACCCAGCUUCCGUACACUUCUGGACAAAACGACCGUGACAGUACAAAUAAUGUGAGCCAGAGUAGUCCGUCCCUGACGUAUAGGCCUGUUGUUUAA